AUCAUUGCGGGCCCUGGAAUCAGCGAGCGACGAGGGAGUCGACUUCUUUCCUCUGUCACUGCGAGCUAAUUUUUCAUUUCCUCUUAAAAAUAAGGAUAAAGGAAGCGAAUAGCAGUGGUUUGAAUGCUUCAGUAAGGUGCUUUCUGUCUCUGAGGUCCAGCAGUGUAGUCUGUUGCCAUGGCGUCUCCAGGGGGGCAAGGAGGAGGAGGAGCUCUGUCGACGAGAGGAGGCAGCGCGGCCCGGAGGAUGAAGUGGGCUCUGGAGCUGAGCUUGGGCAACACGAGGAGUCGUGGUGAUCGGCAGGGCGGUCAGGGAGACGUCGUUUACCCCAUCGGCUACUCUGAGAAACCCGUCCCUGACACCAGCAUCCAGGAGACGGACAAGAACCUGGUGGAGAAGCGUUGCUGGGACGUGGCCCUCGGCCCCUUAAAACAGAUCCCCAUGAACCUGUUCAUCAUGUACAUGUCGGGCAACACCAUCUCCAUCUUCCCCAUCAUGAUGGUCUGCAUGAUGGCCUGGAGGCCCAUACAGGCUCUUAUGUCCAUGUCUGCCACCUUCAAGCUGUUGGAGAGCUCCAGUCAGCAAUGGCUUCAGGGCCUCGUCUACCUGAUCGGUAACCUCCUGGGCUCGGCGUUGGCCAUCUACAAGUGUCAGUCCAUGGGACUGCUCCCAACACACUCGUCUGAUUGGCUGGCUUUCAUAGAACCGCCUCAGAGGAUGGAGAUCAUGGGCGGAGGGAUGGUGUUGUGAAGACGGACCGUGAAAAAGAAAAAAGAUUGAAAUACUUAACAGAGGUUUAUAUACUGUUCAUUCUCUACCUGCACCACACAGCCAGACGACCGGUCACAGUUGACAUGGAACACAGCUGUUUUCUUUCUUCUCCAAAACAGAUUCAAACCUCUGCAGUGGCAGUUACAACAGGCGAGAUGUUUGUUAAAUCAGCUGCAGGGUGUGCGGUGCAGCUUUAGACCAAGGCCUCGUCCACCAUACACACAUUUUGUUUGCCUUCCUUGACAGACGCAUUAACAUUAUAUUACUUAGCUCUGCUGCUCUGCUUCAUGUCUUGAGCUCUGCUGUUUCCCAUUGCUCUUGUUUUAAUCUCUAAAUAAAGUUUUCAAAGCCAGUAGACGACUGUUGAGCUACUGUAACUUACUUAACAAGCACCGGCUCAAAUAGGAGAUUAUUUAUAUCCAUUUUUUCCAGUGCAAACAUCAUUAAUAACAACUUUAUAAAUCCUAAAAAUUGAGUCCCAGUCAGUAAAGUGUUUUCAUUUUUAUCUUAUUAGUUUAUGUUGCAGCAGGAUAGUGUUUUCUUCAUUUUUCCUCUCUUCAUUUUCAUUUUGUUUCUCAACUUAUAGUGAAAAGCUUCAUUUUGUUAACAUGAUUCCCACAUGCAAACCAGCGACAUUUACCAACCUGUUUAACUUAUAGGUCUGUUUAAUUUAUACUGAUUUGCUCUAUGAAAAUGUUCUAUGAAAUAAAUCCUUAUUGGUUAAAGUAAAAAUAUUUUCAACUGUGUCAAUAAACGUGUUGGAUGAAAAAAAAAAAA